AGCUGUGCUAUAAACAGCAGCCCCUCUACAGCGGCUCCAGCUGCGGUGGUCCUGUUCCUUUUUGGGAACAACAAGCGCUUAUUCAUUACACUACACAACCCUCUCUCUUACUAAUAAGUGCUACUCCCCAUCCCAUCUCUCUCUCUCUCUCUCUCUCUCUCCCCCCUCUAUAUAAUAUAUAUACACUCACAUACACAAACUCAUCACUAUUUAGCAGUGGUAGUAGUAGUAGUAGUAGUAAUAGUCACCAUUAACAAAGCAUAGCAAAGCAAGAUAGAGAGAGAGAUGAGAGAGAAAAUGUUGGAAGAGGAGGGGGGAGAGAACGGGGCCGUGGCAGUAGACCCGCGUUUGAAGGCGAUCUCGGAGUCCAUCCGUGUGGUUCCUCACUUCCCCAAACCAGGGAUCAUGUUCAACGACAUCACCACCCUUCUCCUCCACCCCGGCGUCUUCAAAGACGCCGUCGACAUCUUCGUCGACCGUUACCGCCACAUGACCAUCUCCGCCGUCGCCGGAAUAGAGGCUAGGGGAUUCAUAUUUGGCCCUGCUAUCGCGCUAGCAAUUGGAGCGAAAUUCAUACCGUUGCGAAAACCUAAGAAAUUGCCAGGUGAAGUAAUUUCAGAAAAAUACGUGCUCGAAUAUGGUACCGACUGUUUGGAGAUGCACGUUGGAGCUGUUCAGCCAGAAGAGCGUGUAAUAGUCAUUGAUGAUUUGGUUGCCACUGGCGGUACAUUAUGUGCCGCAAUAAGGCUUCUUGAACGUGCUGGAGCAGAAGUGGUUGAAUGUGCCUGUCUCAUCGGAUUACCUAAAUUCAAGCCGUUGACAAAGGCUGAUUAUGCUGGACAUGGUUACUGUAGGCUGAACGGGAAGCCCGUGUAUGUUCUCGUGGAGUCCCGCCAAUAAAACCCCGUGUUCAGGAAUAUGUGCGACGAUAAAUACUGAACUUGGUUUGCAAGUUUUCGAAGGCCGAAGUAGUGAAGGAUAACUCUGAAGUGAUUUGCCGAGAGUUUCGCGAAGCAGGAUAAGUAGGAGAAACAUAGUUUCAUAGGAUAGUUAGUUUACUCCAGUUUUUAGUAGUGUUUUUUUAUAGUUUGGUUCGUCGAGUUCGCGCAAACUUAGUGCUAAUUUUUCCUUCUUUUUUUUUUUUCCUUUUUUUCUUUCCUUAUGGUAUAUUGUCAUGAAAACAGAUUAGAUUUUCUUACUACUCUGGGUGUUACUUUGCAUUUCUACUAGAAUUUAUUAGGCUUGUUAGAAAAGUAGGAAAGAAAAGUUAAUUUA